UUCAUUUUCCAUGGCCAAUGGAAAACCCGUUUAACCGUAUCAUGGCCAGGCGGCAAUGCGGAAGAGGCCGCCAACUGGCUAAUUGUGGGCUUCGGAAGACGGAACCGUCGGCGCCUGCGGAGGAGCCAGGAGCCAGGCACAGAGACACAGCCAAAUGGUGCUGCUGCCUGUUUGUGAUCGAAGGCUAAACUUGAACUUGAAGCAUGGCCAAAAUGCAACACGCAACAACAUGCCGCAACAUAUGCCCACCACAGCCGCUGCCGCCGCUGCUGCUGCUGCUUCCAAAGAAUUGCCAACACGCAAAGGCAACUGGAAGCUGUAGCUGUUAGCUGUUGCAGUGGCAGCGCCUAGCCAUGCCUUGGCGCAUUUGGCAAUUGAGGAAAAUUGAAAGAAAAUUGGCAAGUGGCCGCCGCGCGCGUCGUAUAAAAGCAGCUGCCAUCGACUGAGCGGCGUUAAUCGUAGCGCGUCGCUGGAAAAGUGCAAGUGCUUUCCACGCUCUCCCAUCCGUGCAGUGCAGGCCGCGUAUAGCCCCCAAAUAUCAAUUGAAAAUCCCUUGAGAUGCUGUGCCAUCGAUACAUCCAUUGCCGCCUGCUGCUGGCAGGACAGCUGCUAAUGCUGCUGCCCCUCAUGCAAUGCUCGCCCGUGUCCAGCCCGGAGAUAGCCAACAAGGCAGCCCAGUCGCCAAACAGCCUGCAGAUGCAGCAGCAACAGCAGCAGCAACAGCAGCAGCAACAGCAGCAGCAGCAACAGCAGCAGCAGCAACAGCAGCAGCAGGAGGCGCACCUCAACUCACUCAGCGCCUAUGCCAGCGGAUAUGACAGCCUGGCGCAGCUACAGAUGCAGGGCCAACUGCAAAGCCAGCUCCAAAGCCAGAUCCAUGCACAGUCCCAAGCCGUGGCAGAUGCCUCCUCCGCCUUCAAGCCCUCCUACAAGAUGCCCGAAAUGGAGACCAACUUCACGCCCAUGCAGACGGCGGGUACGCCCAGCGUGGCCGGCCUGCCCUCCACGCCCAUGCUGAUGCAAUAUCUGCCCGCCCAAACGCUGCAGGAUGGCACCGGCACCGUGCAGUACCUGCAGCUGAUACCCACACGGCCGAUUAUCGUGCCCAUCAGUCCCUAUUUGCAGGCGGCUGCUGCCGCCGCUUCGCCGCCAGCGCCCGGUGUGGUGGCAGCACCACAACAGCCUGACUAUUCCGGCCGCACAGCCACCGUGCUGAGCGCCCUGCCGCCCAACUACGGUGCGCUGCAGGGCUAUGCCAGUGGCAUCAAUCCAGCAGCGGCUUACCGCAGCACCUACCGCAUCAAUCGCGAGGCCAAGGACAAGCACUAUCCGCCCACCUUCUCGCUGAAUCUGAACGAGUAUAUGCCCGCCUCCUCGGUGGGUCACGAUGCCAGCACCCAUUUGUAUCUGAGGGCGCGAUCGUAGAAGAACCACAGCUACAGGUGCAGCUACAGGUGCAGAUCCAGGUACAGCUCCAGCCACAACCACAGCCACAGCCCCAGCCAAAGUCACAGUUUGCUGCUCUAACACUUAAGACUCUUUUUUUUUUGUUAUUUGUAUGAAUUCCCCAAUAAAUCUGAUGGAAAAAUGAA